GGAUAAGCAAUCCUAUAAGUGUUAGAACAAAAGGCAGAAAGUCAAAAAAAAUUAAAAGCUUCAAUGAUAAUAUGAAUAUAUCAAAGAGUAAAGAUAAAAAAAAGCAGAUUUCUCAAGUUGAAUAUAAUAAAUUGGAUAACGAUAAUGAUGUUAAUUAUAAAGAAGAAGGUAGUAACGUAAAAGAAAAAAAAGACAUAAAAAAAUAUGGAAUUUGCAACUCAAAGGGUCAUAACGCACGCACAUGUUCAGGUUUAGCUGAAUCUGAUAAUUCAGAAGACAAUUCAGAAGAUGAUAAUUCAGAGGAAGAUGAUUCAGAAGAAGAUAACUCAGAAGAAACUAGUAUUAGACGAAAAUGUGGAAUUUGUAAUCUAAGAGGUCACAAU